AUGGGCAGCUUGGCUCGAUUUACUGCUGAAGAACGACCUAUGGCUAAGGAUAUUCAAGCAUUAUCCAACCGUGGGGUUCGGAUUGAUCAUACAGUACAAGGAAGGUUACUUGCAGUUGUGAUGGCACAAUCGUCCUUAAUGGGGCAGGUCAAAGCUUGCCAAUAUGAAGAUCCCCGUCUUGCUAGAUUGCGAGAUCGAGUGCAAAAUGGGGGCGUUAAGUCAUUCUCUAUUGAUGAUGAAGGCGUGUUACGUUGUCAUGGUAGACUGUGUAUUCCUAUGGUGGGUAAUGUGAAGCAGCUAAUUCUUGAAGAGGCUCAUAGCUCGCGAUACUCCAUCCACCCAGGUGCUACGAAGAUGUACCAAGACUUGCGUGGAUUAUAUCGGUGGAAAGGUAUGAAGGCUGAUAUUUUGAAACAUAUGACAAGUUUCUUAAAUUGUCAGCAGUGGGACGAUCAGUUGCCUUUGGCAGAGUUUGCUUAUAAUAACAGCUACCAAUCGAGUAUACAGAUGGCGCCGUUUGAGGCUCUAUAUGGUCGCAGGUGUCGUUCACCAGUUGGAUGGUUCGAACUGGGCGAAGCACAACUAUUAGGUCCAGAUCUGGUUCAGCAAGCCUUGGAAAACGUUGCAUUGAUACGAGAACGGCUUCAGACAGCACAAAGUAGACAAAAGUCCUAUGCAGAUAAGAAAGUACGUGAUACGGAGUUCAUGAAGGGGGAAAAAGUCUUUUUAAAAGUAUCCCCUAUGAAAGGAGUUAUGAGAUUCGGUCGGAAAGGCAAGUUAAGUCCUAGGUACAUUGGUCCUUAUGAGAUUUUGGAUCGAAAUGGGUUGGUGGCAUAUAGACUUGCUUUACCUCCGAGAUUGUCUGCUGUUCAUCCUGUAUUUCACGUGUCUAUGCUAAGACGAUAUGUCGGUGAUGAUAGCCAUAAGAUUCAACCAGAGGAUGUGGAGCUCGAUGAAAAUUUGACUCAUGAGGAGGGUCCGAUAUCUAUUCUUGAUAGGCAAGUGCGACAAUUGAGGUCGAAGAAGGUAGCUUCAGUCAAAGUGUUGUGGCGUAAUCAUCCAACCGAGGAGGCUACUUGGGAGUCUGAGACGGAUAUGCGAGAUAAAUAUCCUCAUUUAUUUGACGCGACAGGUAUGAUCUAGAUCCGUUCGAGGACGAACGUCAUUUUAAGUGGUGGAGAAUGUAAUAACCCAUAUUUUUUUAGGCUUAGUUGGUAAUUUAAAUAAAAGAAGGAAAUAAAAAAAAUUAUAUGUAGAAGAAUUAAGUGGUACAAAAUAAAAGAAAAGGAGGAUUAAAGGGUCCUUUAGGAAAAAAAAAAAGAGAUGUGGGCUAAGCCCACAAAAAGAAGAAAAAGAAAAUAAAGAGAAAAAGGAAUAAGAGUCUGAUGAGCAUCAGACGUGAAUAGAAAACUAGAAACGAUAGAAGCAGAAACAAGGAAAAAAAAACGCAGUAGAAUAAAGGGAGAAAAGGAGAAGACGGGAGAGGAGAAAAAAAUAAAGAUUUUCCUCCCAAAUCAUCAAGGUAAUGACUCUAAUAUUUUAUUUAAGUUUAUUACAUAAUUAUGGGUAAAUCUUUAUGGUGAA